UCAACAUAACCUAUAAAAAAGGCGGGAUAUUGUGUUUUUUGUUGUGAUUUACUCCAGUAUCAAAAUAAUGUACGAAUUUGAGGAAAAUCCCAUAUCUACAGAGGAUAACUACGACGUGGAAGAUGGAGAUGACGAACAAGACCACGAUGAAAAAGAAAAUAAUGGAGAACUUCCGACAAAACCUUCAGAAGAUGGUGUGAAAGUUAAUCCCAAGAAGAAAGUCGUCAGAAAUCCCAGAGUCAACCUAAACACUGCAAAGUUAAAGGGUGAUCGUGGAUUACAUACCAUCGAGGAGUACUUUCGUGAUGUCAAAUACAAGGGAAAAGGGCACGAAGCAGAGAAUCUCAAUCUGAUCAUGCGAAAAAUCGAACAUUGGGGCCACAGAGUUUUUCCCCAAAUGCGCUUUGCCGACUUUGUGAAUCGCGUUGAGCAGUUGUGCCGCAAAAAUGACGUCCAGACGCAUAUGAGAAAGUACAAGAUGGGAACUCUGACACUAGAUAUUGCACCACUCAAUGAUGAACUGGAGGAAAGGCCAGGAGAUGAGCUUGCAGAGCCCAUAGAUGAUUUCGAUGCCUUGCUGUCUGAGCAAGUGGAAAUGCAGCGAAAUGUUUCAGCAAGACCAGAUGGAGCAGAGCCUUCCUUCAACUCUACCCUGGACUUCCCUUUCCGAGAGGAUUUGGGAGAUGUGUCACUUGGUGUUGCUGAAAUCCCUCCAACUCCUCCUCCAGUGCCCAAAAAUUUGACUGAUGAAGCAAAAGCGAGGAUUGCAGAGAAUCGAAGGGCAGCUUUAGAGCGUCUCCGUGCAAAACAAGCUGCUCAGGCUGCUGAAAGGACUGAAAUGUCCCAAGAAAUCUCAGAAAGUCCAGAAUAAUUUCUUUCAAAAUAGAAUAAAAAUGACCGUUAUGUUUAAAAAAACAUUCCGGAA